UGCUAUACUCGAGCUCGUCCGUGGCUGGUUUUAGAUACGUGUCUGUUGCCUUUGGGACAGCCGGUAUUUGAUUCGAUCGAGAUUUGAACACGAUUUUACCGAGAGAUUCUUCGUAAAGAUUUCUUUACGAAGAUUACUUUUCGUAAAAACGUUCAUGCCGAUUUUUACGAACUUUCAGACAUUGAUUUCAUCGUGACCGAUUUUGAGCCUAACAGUAUUCUCCAGCUGGACUUCUAUUUCUACAAAAAAUCAAAAUUCUGACUAACUUCAGUCAAAUUCAAAAGUAACCUGUUUAUCCGUAGAAGUCUUCUCUGUGAAUUUCGAAAAAAAUUUAAUUUCAAAAGUAAGUCAAUAUUUACAAAGAAAGACUUCCGAAGAUGUUUUCUGUAUAGUAGACUUCUUAAGAAGUCUUCAUUCGUAAAUUUACAAUUGCAAAAAUGACCUAAAUAGAAGACUUCUUUUGAGGUCUACACAGAGUAGACUUCUUUUGAAGUCUUCCGUGGAUGACUUCAAAAGAAGUCUUCCGUGGAUGACUUCAAAAAAAGUCUUCUACGUAAAUCUUUAUUAAACUUCAAAUUUAUCCAAAAUUUAAAUGAAUUUUUAAUAUCUUCUUGCUAAUUCAUGUUUAUUAAUCAAUAUUGAGACUACUAAGUCGAACUUAUAACUUAAUUAGUGAUAAUUAUGAAGUUACAAACAUUGAUAUUUAAUAAUGUUUAUAGCUAAACGGAAAAGUCUUCUAUAAGUCUUCCUCAUAGCUUAUGAAGUCUUCUCUGAUGAUUUUGUUUUAUUAAGUUGAUGUUCUGUGUUUGUGUUGUCUUCCUCAUAAGAUACAAUUUUUAACUUCCAUAAGAUUUAAAAUUUUAACUUUCACUUAAAAUUCAAUUUUGAUCUUUUGUGAAUUUGACUAAGGUUUCUUGAGAAGUCUUCUUUCUUAGUUUUAGCUAAUUUUACCAAGUUUUUGUGUUGUUGUGUUUUGUUAUGUGUGGGUAGAAUUAUCAAAAUAUUUUUUAUUAUGUUGCAUCAAUAACUUUAAUGAAGUCAAGUACUUUUGGCAAAACAUGAACAUAUUUACCAUUCUUUUGAUUAACAUCUCUUAAAGUUUACAAAAUAAUUCACAACUAAAAUAUUACACAUACAAAUCAUUAAAAGACCAUAAACAAAAUUAUUACAUAGCUAGAUAUUAUUCCUCAACAUAGAUAAGCUUAGACUCCACUUCACAUCAUCUCUUUGUACCACUUUGGGCUGAAGACUUUGGAAGACUUUCUGAAAACUUCGUGGGAAGUCUUCUAGCAUAAAAUACAUUAGAAGAUUUCCCAAGAAGUCUUCCGAGAGUCUUCCAAGAAUUAUCCCAGAAGUCUUCCAAAAUCUGUCUCAGAUCUGAAAAAUCUACUUAUUCAAAAGCAUUCAAAUGAUUUCAUAAUAGAGAAGACUUCAAAAAUAAAUUUUUAGAUAAUAAACAAAACAGUCACAUUAGGUUGGAUUUAUAAUUUUUUUAGAAUCUAUUAUAUAAAACACACAAAAUACAUAUCUAAAAUUUAUACCACUUUAGGCAGAAGAAUUUGGAAGACUUCCUGAAAACUUUGUGGGAAGUCUUCUAGCAUAAAAUGAAUUAGAAGACUUUCUAAGAAGUCUUCCGAAAGUCUUCUAAGAGUCUUCUGAGAAGUCUUUCAAAGUCUUUCAAAUCUGGAAAAACCUGCAAAUUCAAAAACAUUCAAAUGACUUCAAAACAGAGAAAAACUUCAAAAAUAAAAAUUUUAUGCUUACAAAAUAAACAAAACAGUCACCUAUGUUGAAUCUAUAGCUUUUUAGAAUCUAAUAUAUAAACACACACAUAAAUUCAUAUCAAACUUUUAGAGAUGUACCUUUGAAAGAGUGAAAGAUAAGAAUCAUGUAAUGAAAAACCUGUAAAAAGAAGAUAAAUUAGUAAGAAGACAUAAGAAAAAGUGAGAAAUGGAUAUACAGUUUGGUGUUUUGAUGUUCAAAGAGAUUAUAGAGAGGUUGGAGAGUUCUAGGGUGUGAAACAUUACAUUUUUGUUGCAGUCAUUUGAGAGGAAGAAAGAAAAUGUGUAAAUUUUCUUUAUAUAUGGAGACAAAAAUUCAAAUUAGGUUAAAUAUUUUUGACCCAGAAGACUUCUGGAAGACUCAUGGAAGACUUAUGUAAGACUUAUGAAAGACUUAUGGAAGACUUUGAUUUAGGCGGAAAACCUAAAUUAUUCCAAAAUUUAGGUAGGAACCCUACAUUUUACUUAAAUUUAGGUGGGAUGUGUCGAAAGACUUCUUUUUAAGUUUUCUGUGAGUCUUCUAAACCCUAAAAUCAAAUAACUAUGCAAAAAAAAAACCUUUUUAAACUUAAAAAAUUUAGAAAGUGUUUAAAUCAAAUUAUUAGAUAGUUACUAAACAUAUGUAGGUCAAUUUGAAAAAGGAAAAACAAAUGAAGAUAAGAUUUCAAAUCUAACGCUAAAGAUACUAACAAUACUAUAACAUAUGUUACGAAACCCUAAACCAAUGACUCAUGAACCAAUCUACAUUCACUCAUCUAUGUUGAAAAUAAUUCAAUUUCACAUAAACUAAAUUUACAACAUUGAAAAAUGUUUAUUAUUACAUGAUUUCAAAUUUUAACCCAUGAAAAUACUUUUUAUAAAAAAUUAAAUUAUUUUAAAGAUCUAAUCCAUGAGAAGACUUUCUCUGGAAGACUUCUAGAAGACUUCUGGAAGACUCCUGUAAGACUUUGAUUUAGGCAGAAAACCUAAAUUAUUCAAAAAUUUAGGCAGAAACCAUAAAUUCUACUAAAUUUAGGCGGGAUGGUAUCUGAAGACUUAUUUUUAAGUCUUCUGUGAGUCUUCCAGACCCUAAAAUCAAUUAAGUAUGCAAAAAACACUUUCUUAAACUUAAAAAAAAAACUUAGAAAGUGUUUAAAUCAAGUUAUUAGAUAGUUACUAAACAUAUAUGGGUCAAUUUGAAAAAGAAAAAAAUGAAGGUAAGAUUUCAGAAUCUAAUCCUAAGGAUACAUAUAAUAUUAUAACAUAUGUUACCAAACCCUAAACCAGUGACUCAUGAGCUAAUAUACAUUCACUCAUCUAUGUUGAAAAUAAUUCAAUUUCAGAUGAACUAAAUUUACAUCAUUGAGAAAUGUUUAUUAUUACAUGAUUUCAAUUUUUUACCCAUCAAAAUAUUUUUUAUAAAAUUAUAAAAUUAUUUUUAAAAUCUACUAAACUAGAAGACUUACAAAUAAGUCUUCUCUAGCGAAAGGUUAUAAUGGUAAAACUGAAUAUAUAAUUUUUGUUUGUUAAUAAGGGGAUUGUUGUAAUUUUACUGAACUUUUGAGUUACUCUUAGAUUUGAUUGAAUUUGGAGUACACUUCUGUAUUCAAAAUCAAGUUUUGAAUCAUUUUUGGUAAAUUCUCCUUAAUAAAGAGUUGUAAGUCCAAGAAGAAGAGAUAUUUUAAAGCCAGAAGGGGAAAAUCUUUUGAGUAAGACUUUGGAAAAGAAUAGACAUACAAUGUUGUCGUCGCGGAACCUCUCGCCAGCUUCAUGUCCUCCAAAAAGUCUUUCUCGUUUCUUAAUUAUUAUGUAAAGUUUAAAAUAAUUUAUUUUGAAAAUACAUUAUGUUUUAGUUGAAGACUUAAUAGUACAAGUAAUUCAGUUGUUAAGCUGACCCUUGAAAAGCACGAUUUCUCCAUCAACCAUUUCAUUUUUUUUCAUUCUUAAUCUUUACGGAUACCAAGUGAUGACUACAUUUUCCCUUAAUAACAAUAAGCGAAUGAUCGACUUAGUUUUUAAUAUUUUUAAUAUAUAUAUAUUCUUUUACUACGUUUAGUGUGUAUAAAUGUUCCUUCCCAACACAGAAUCACCGUUCAAGAAACCCUGUCGUAUUGGGACCAAAAUUUUAAUGUGGAGUUUGACAAUUUUAAAAGUCGAUAGAUUUUUAAAAACCAUGUAGAUUUAACAAAUAUUGUAUCAACUUUAUCAAAUAAUUUUUAUUGAUUGUUAUUGACUAUCAAAUAUUUAUAUAUAGAUAUCUUUCUCAAGAAAAAAAAAUCCUUCUAAGGUAAUAUAUAAGUUAUUUAUAACUUUUUCGAAAUUGUUUGAUGUAAAACAUAUAUAUAACACAUUGCUACCUUUCUUUGAUAAAAUAUAUAUAUUGACAAAUAAUAGAUUUUCUCAAUAUCUUUCUGAUGGUGCUUUAGGACUGAUGUCAAUGAGGAACAUUUUAUUUUUAUUUUUUUAAAACUCAACUGAUUAACACACUAUAAAUGUCAAAAUCCCAAAUUUCCAAACAGUUUAUAUUUUGCUUAAGGAGUAGACCAUCUCAAAUGAUGUUUUUAUCUUCGACUUUCGGAUGUUUCAAUUUCACAAUAAAGAAAACAAGAACAUUGCCAUCAUCUUUUCCUUUUAGAUUACAUAAUUAAGAAACACAUUCAAAAACUAACGAAAAUAGACGAGGAAAAACAACUUCAUAAUGUAAAAGAUAAUUCUCAAAAUUGAUAUACGGUGUCAUCGUUGAUGUCUGAAUGAAAGAUGAAAAUAGAUGAGUGGAAGAUGUUUGUAUGUGGGUAUGUUUUUAUUACAUGGAUUUUUCAAAUCUUGUGAAUAAACAUGAUAUUUUCCAAAUCUAGACUUAUGAGCAAAAAUAUAGAGAAUUUACAUUCCAAUAACCAUAGAAUUUAAUAGAGUUACAAAAUCAAUGAAACCUAAACUUUUUGAAUAACAAGAAUUUGAAUGAAAUUUAAAAAUUCUCAAACCUAUAACAAUAUAUUUUAAUAAGAUUUUAAAAUUCAUAAACCAAUAACCAUGGAAUCUUAAAAUUUUAUAAGUCAUCUAGAAUUUGGUUACCAUUGACCUCCCCUAACUUUUAUGUCCUUUGUUUUUUCAUUCACUGUUAUCUAGUACUUCUUCUUUCUUCUGUUUCAGUUUAAUUAUCGUUGUAAAAUAAAAAAAUUGUUUUAAAAUAAGUGUCGCUUUAGAAUUUCAAUGAAAUUUUAUUAACAAUAUUUUCUUAUUUAUUUUUCUAUUAAUUGAAAUAUGGUUAGAUAUAUAACUAAUGAUGUAUUUUUUCUUAGAAAUAUGCAAAAUUAAAUAUUUUCUUAAUUUGUGUGAAUAAACUUAAAACGACAAUUAAAAUGAAACAUAUGAAGUAUGGUCGUCCACUUACUCAUACGUAUGGAGAUAAGUUUGUAUAAUAGGUUUACAUGAGUUGCAAAUCUUUUUUUGGUGCAAAUAUUAAAAUUCAUAUCAUUUUUUGAGUUUUUACGAUGCUGCAUUAGCAACUUAUUACAGAGAAAAGGAAAGAAAGAAACCCUACAACAAAGCAACAAAGGAAAGCUAACUAUGUAUAAGCUGCAAAUCUUAUUAGACGAAAAGGAAAAAGGAUAAAAAUACAUGUAUGAUCUCACUUAAAGCAACGAAUGAUUUAAUAAAAAUAAAAACAAACAAUGACUUGUGUAAGACGAUAUAACCGAGCUUUUACUUUAUCAAUAUUUUCAACUAGAAGAACAUAAAUUAUUCAUAGCAUAUGAAGCACAUUAGGAAAACUUCGGACAAAACAACAGACGUCGGGACAAAUUUUUGGAGAGUAAAUUUCCUAAGCAACCGCGUGAGAAUUAUAUAUUUUCUUUUAUUUUUCGAUUUUUUCUUUUAAUUUAACCUGACAAAGAUAAUGUUCUUUUGAACUAAAACAAAGAAGAUUUUGUAACUGAAUCUAGGAGAUUGUAUUCGACCGAGAGUUUCUGAUGAUUUGUAUUAAAAUAACAAAUUCAUUAUUAUUCAAACGAAGAUUUUGAAAAACAUUUUAAAAUUCAGUGUUAUUGAACUUGUCAUUUCAUAAAACACUCUGAAAUCCAAUGUUAUCGUACAAAAUUUAAGUUAAAGAUUUAGGAAUGUUUCAAAAUGUUUUUAGUGUGUUUGAGAGGUGUUUCUUAGUUAUAAAAUAAAAAUUCGAAUCUCAUGAUUUUAGAUGAGAUUCUAGAAUUAUUUAACAAAACUCACACUAAAUUCAAAUACUCACCUAAAAUCAUCUAAAAAUUUAGUAAAAUCAAAUCAUUAUAAAUUUCAAAUUAACGUUAUGAAUUUCUUAAAAACUAAAAUUACAAAAAAAAAUCCUACGAUUUUUUAGAUUUACGCAAAUGUGGAAAAGUGUUUAUAUAUGCUUUUUGUAUUCAUGGUUUAUAUUUCUUCUACUUUUUGGGUCAAAUUCAUGGUUAAUACGUCUGAGUCUUUUUCUCUUUCAUCUUUCUGGAAAUAGGAUUAGUUUGAUAUGUUAUCCAUGUCAAAUAGUUCAUUUCUGUACCAAAGAGCUUUUAUUCAGAUUUGUUUGUUACAUAUGAUAGUAGUAAACAACCAAACUAAACUGAAAUUCAACUUAAUAUGAAAUGCAUGUAAAUUCUUUUGUUAUUCUUGCAUAUUGUCUAACCAAUUAAUGGUGCUCCAAUGGUUGAAUUGUCAAUUUUUGGAGUGUACGCAUGUAACUCCCUGUUCCCGAGAUUCACAAUUUUUCAAAAGUUUGGCACCAUAAUUUAUCUUUUUACAACUCUUCAAACAAACCCGUAAAAGUGAGUGGUGAAUAAUUAUAUUACCCAGUGAAACAGUUUUGUGUAGCCUUUUCUUGAUAAAUUAAUAUAUGAAUAAACGUAAAAUUAGUAAAUACUACUUGUACACCAUCUUAUGUUUAAAUAAUAAAAUAGUUGUUUGAUGAAUAAAAAACAGUAGCUGUAGACAACAAUACAAAACAACUUCAGUUAAAAAAAAAAAAGUACAAAACAAUUUCACUAUUACAUAAUUUUCAAUUUUACCUCUAUUCGGCAGACCUAACAGUGGAUACAUUUAUCUCUCCACUCUGCGGAUUCUAAUCUACCGCACACAGACAACUCAUAAUCUGAUCCUCAACAACAUUUAUUAGAUCAGUUCAUACCAAUCAUCUAGUUCAUUCUGGUCAUUAUCAUAAUCAAUACCAUUAUUCAAUCCAUCAAAUCAACACAAAUUAGUCCAUUUUGAUUUUCUUAACAAUAUGGACAUUUUUGUGCACCAUACAACAUAGAUCUAUCAACAUAACAUCAUUUAAGGAAGCCAAAAAAUCAUAAUACAACACCAUACAAUAUAAAGAAUCAAGAGACGAAAACCAGUUUUUAAAACCGCCUCACCUGGAUUGGAGAUGAACAAUAUUUUGUUCCAAAAUAGAUGCAUAUCUAAAGAAUAUAUACAAAUACGAAGACAAAGACGGCGAAUAAUAAACUAAGAGACGAAAAUUGGUUGUGACGCCGCCAUUAUAAUGAGCGAAAAUAUUGGAAUGGUCAGCAAGCGUCGAAGGCGGAUGGCGGUGGUCAGCAACAUGAUACGGUGGCAGCUCGACUAGCUUAGGCAGCUUGGUUUCUUGAUGGCUUAGGUGCUUGGGAUUUGUGUAGGGAUUCACUAAAUUUUGUUUGAUAGGGAAAAAAAUUGAAAAUUUAUAUUUAUAGGGAAUAAUCAAAAAAUCAUAUGUUUAAACUUUGCAUGCUCUUAGCCUAGUUAGUUUUUCCUUAAAACAAGGAGAAAAUGGGUCUUGAGUUAGGAUAGUAACAACUUCUCCAUGUUGAUAUGAUUUUUCCAAAUUUAAAAUUCCUUAAAUUUCAAACAAUACCAUCCAAAGCCAAGAAGAAAAGUGCAACAAUCCACUGGUUCUCGUAAAUAAUUUGAUUCGCUGAUCCUUACUAUUAUCCAAACAUUCUCUUGGAUCUCAUAUUUUUCUCAUCAAACCAAGACCAUCUAUGUCUUCAUUGUAGUCUAAAACUCAGCAUUCUUAUAUGUGACUGAUACGUUGAAACAUACAUCUGACUGGGGCUUUGUAGAGUCAACUCGUCCCUCUAACAGAGUUGCGCUAAUCGACACAUAACACAUUGUGAAAUCAGACAUCUGUUGUGACAUUCCAACCGAUGCCACCACAUUCAUCCUCUCAAAAUCACAAAAAACCAUGUACCACAAUGUUAGCGUUAACUUACAAACUAGAUUACUAACUCAAAAAGUUUCUCAUCCUUAGAUGUCAUGCAUCUCAUAUGAAAAUUUCAAAUCCUUGGCACUUGUCAGCAUAACCAUGUGACAGUCAUGUACUUACUCGGCCUCUCAUUAAUCAGUUCCUCUUUUUCAACGAUUUCGUCAAUUAUUUAUUGCCAAGAUCCUAGCUCUCCUCUCACUUUGAUACAACCUGAGGGGUCCACCAUGGUCUCCCACAAAAAACCCGUAUAGGGACAUUUCUAUGCUUGAGUGGUGGUUGUUGUCAUACUCUGAUAAAAUUAGUGGUAGAUACAUGCUUUACUUACACAACCCAACACACAUGCCACAUAUGUUAAUCACCAUAUCUCUAGCAAUCCAACAAAAAAUCACAUUAUUAUCAUAUCUCAUUUCCAUGUUUGCACAUGUAAAUCUUGCAGUAAUCCACUAUGGAUUCAUUGCUCCAGUUUUAUCGACUAACAUGUUUAAACUUUGUGCACAUGUGUUAAUCACCAUGUCUCUAGCAAUCCAACAAAAAAUCACAUAGUUAUCAUAUCUUAUUUUCAUGUUUGUACAUAUAAAUCUUGCAGUAAUCCACUAUGGAUUCACUGCCCCCACUUUUAUCGACUAACAUGUUUAAACAUUGAAAUCCAUGUAAUAACAUCCUUCUUCAUCCUGAUCUUUGAUAAUUCCUUAACAAAUUUUUACACAUCUUUUUGUUGUCCUGAUGUAUGAAAUAUUGUUACUAGUAAGAUUUUUCCAAGAUCUUAUCCUUCAGAUCUUCAUCGUCCGAAACACUCACUCAGUUUCUGAAUGAAGCAUGUAAGAAGUCUAUUUGAUCCAAAACAUUCAGUCCAUGGUUGUCCUCUCUCAUAGUAAUGGCACACACGUGCACCUUCCAAUGUUACAACAAGUUUCAGUUGCGUUUGUGUAUGCCAAGGUAUUCCAGACCAAGAUAGUACUAAUACUCGCAUUUGAGUCAGCUGCUCAAACCUUUUGGUGAAAGUUUCAGAUAUCACAUGACCCAAGAAUCCACUUCUUGCUAAUCCAUGUGAAUUUGAAAACUCACGUCCUUCUCCUUUACACAUUACAUGUUCCCCUCUAAAGUGAGCUACUUGACUGGAUGAAUAUUAUCUCUCCAAUGAGUUUUUAGCUCAUUCUUGAACUCAACCAUCUCUGUGGGUGCCAACCGAUAUGGUGCCUUUGAUACAAGCACAUGCCCAGGUUCCUUCUUAUCGAAAAAGCAUUAUCUCGACUUUGUAAAGGUCUUUGCAAUGGUUUGAAUACGUCUUUAUACUCAGAUAGUACUGGAAUGGGAUCUGAUCUCAUAGCUUUCACUUUUAAGAACACAUCAUCCCUCUUCCCAGUUGUGACUCUUCUACCUGCAACAUCAACAUAAUAAAGUCCAUGUUAGUCCUUAUUCCACCAAAGACUCUCUUCCCCUUCUGUCGAGGAAUCUGGACACGUUUCCUGGCAUAAUCCAUUAGUGUCUCGUGUUUGUCAACAAAUUUGUCUCUAAUAUCUCCUUAAAUUAGCUCAACUUCAAUAUCAUCAUGUUUCCUGGUGAGUUCACAACCUCACGCUGCGAGCAUCACUAUCACUGAAUCUACCUCUGAACAGUUAUAUAUCCUUUCCAUAUUGGCACACCACUGAAUUCUGAAACCUCUUUUGAACAUUCAUACAAAUCUAAACUGUAACUUAUGUAGCUCUACUUUGCAAAAUAAAAGAUUGAAUGGUUAUAAGAUAAUCUACUACCUAAAGGAACAAAGGAUCGUUUGGAGUUGUCAUGGUGAUGCCCUAACUCUGAGAUUUUCAUAAAAUAUCUCAUGUAUAUAACUUUUGCAAAUGCUUUUGGAAACUGAAUAUAAAACAUCCUAUCAACUAGUACCCACCUACCCGGAUAGUACUGGGAAGGUUUAACCUCUGCUCUGAUACCAAUUGUAUCACCCCGUCCUCCAGAUUCAAAAUUCUCAAAGGUUCAGCACCACCAAAAUUAUACUCCUAUAAUUCCUCGAACAAACCUGCAAAAAAGAGGGGUGAGUAAUUAUAUUACCCAGUGAGACAACUCCGACUAGUCUAUCCGCAUGAGCCACUAUAAAACUCAAUGCAUAACAAGAACUGGUUAGCUGCAAAGAACUUUUCACAACAACUUCACCAUAACAUAAUCAUUAGUCUAGAAACACCAACUACCAUACAUACACACAAUGGAUAUAACCACGCGUUCACUUGGUAAACCUAACACACCCAUCAGUGCCACAUUCUAACCACAAUUGAUACAAUCACACCUAUACAAGACAGAUCUAAUGGAUACAACCACGCAGCCACUCGGAGGACGCUGAUCUACUGUGCACAUAAAUUGCAUAGUCCCAUCCUCAACAACAUUCGUUAUCUCGGUUCAUACCAUUAAUCUAAGAAAAAAAAUUCUUUCAGUUCAUUGUCACGGUCAAUAUUUUGAUUCAGUCCAUCCAAUCAACAAGAAUCAAUAUGUUUUAAUACAUUACAAUUAUGGGAGUUCAUAGGCGACAUACUACAUGGAUUUAUAAACCUAACAAUAUUCAAGGAAGCAAAACAAUCGUAAUAUAACACCAAUCAAGAUACAUAAUUAAGAGAAGAGAAUCAGCUUUCAGAACUGCCUCGCCUAGAUUGGAGAUAACGAUAUUUGGAUCAGAAAGAGAUGAAGACCUGACGAAUAUAUCUGAAUACAAAAACGACGAAUAAUUAACCAAGUGAUGAGACUACUGACACAGCCACGACGAAGUGAGAUGGACCGAAGCAAUCGGUGAGCGUUGGAGCCAGAUGGUGGCGGUCGACGAGCAUCUGAGAUGAACAUAAGCGGUCGACGACCUUCGGUCGGCUAGGAGUCCAGCAGCGGCUUGACUAGGGUUUGGGUGGAUUGGGUUCUGAUAGCUCGGGUGUUAGAAUCUUUGUAGGGCUUUGCUAGAGUUUAUCUUAUUGGGAAAAAAAAGAUUUGUAUGUAUAGUAAAGGAGGAGAAAAUUAUAGAUUUAACUCUAAUGAAUUUUAAAUUUAGUUGGCUUUCCGCUAAAAACAAAGAGAAAUUUGACUUUUGAUUAGGGAUGUUAUAGUAUGGGUUCCAAUGGUUUGGAUUUUAAUCCAAAUUUUGAGUAUAUUCAUUAACAAAUCAGUAACUAAGUAUUUGAUGUAUGUGUAAUAAAUGGAAGUUGAACACGUUUGGAGAGCUUGCUGCACUAACUUUACUCUGACCAAACAUUUCAAUUAUAAAAGCUGAAAUGUACUAUUAGGGAAACAUCUUAAAUUCUAUGCGGCCAUGGAAUAUGUAAAUCAAAUCACGUAUGUGUUAGGCUGCUUUGUCCCUGGUUUGUGUGACUUCAAAUAAACACUCGGCUUUAGCUAGGAUGAUCGACCAUACUAACCGGUUUUUAUACAUACCACACAUUUUUGGUUCAAUUUUUUUUACAACGAACGAUUAUUUUAUUAAUCAAACUUGAGGUACUCUGGGUAACCAGACUGGAAUGGAACAAUCAAUAAAACAAAGUUCUCUAUAAAAAAAUCUCGUAGUUCUAAUUAAAGAAUCAUAAAUUUUAUUAUGCGGUCUUGGAUUGUAAGAGAUCUUGAAGUUCAGAAAAUACAGCUGGAAAGUCUUUAUCACUUCCAAUUCUGUUGCGAAGUUCGACCACGCAUGAGGAUCCUUUAUCAUUCAAUCAUGUCCUUUCAAUCCGUCCAAAAAAUCUGAUAUGUUAAAUGUUGGAGCAUGCUUUCCAUAGCCCAUCGUAGUGCUUCUAAUUCUGUAGGCAAAGCAGCUUCUCGCUGUCUUAAGUUCCUCGUCCCCAUAAGUUGAAUCUUUCCCACGCUACAAUUAGUUGUAACUCUAUAUCUGUCGACAACCGGGCAUUCAAUUGAAAACGCACUUUAUCAGUUUUUUCUUGAAAAAUUCUAUUUAUAUAUUUUUUUUUGGAAUAAAAUGCCUACAAUUUUUUUGAAAAAAUUAACUUCAUCUUUUUAAUAUAUAAAAUGUUUUCGGUGUGUUUUUUUUUACACAAUAUACAUUGUUUUCAAAAUUCAAUGAAAAAGUUAAUUAGUUUAUAUUAUUUAAUUAAAAUUUAAAAAUAAAAAUUUAAAAUAUGAUAUCAUUGAAUGUUUUUAUUUAAUUAAGUGUCAUAUACCAAAUACUUUUUCUUGAUAAGAGUAUAAAACAAAAGAUGUCGUUUUGAAUAUAAAACAAAAAUAUAUAAUAUACACAUUUUAACCAAAUAAAUAUAUCAAAAUAAAAAGAGUAUAAAAUAUAGACAUAAGAAAAUCCAGAAUUAUUUUAUUAAUUUCAAAAGUAAAAAUCAUAUGCAAAUACAUCUUGGAAUUAGACAAAAAAAUACAUCUUGGAAACCGAUGUAUUUUUCUUAUAGUCUUAAAAAUGAACAGCCACCAAAAAUUAAAAAAAUCGCAAGGUUAUGGACGAGAAAUUAUCUUUGUAUUCUGCACUAGACAGUCCAAGUUCAUUUGAAAAGCUUUAGUUUGUGCUUCUCUUGAUAGGCCAACAUGGGUUUAUCUUAUUCAUUUCCAAUAAUAAGAAUAAUAAUAGUGUGAACAGAGAUAUUCAUCUUGAAGUUGAAGCCACGUACCAAAUACGAAAUUCGAGUAGUGUAUAUACAUGGUUAGUACGUAGAUAAGAUGCAGAUAGAAGAAGCCAUGCAUUAGGGGACAAAACAAUAAUCGUCGCCUUGCGUGCAUAGGAAAGCUUCCUUUAGUCCAACCAGGCAAUUCUUUGUUUUAAUUUGGCUUUCAAAUCUUUGUUGACCAAACCUACUAUUAUUACUGGACUUUUUGUUAAAUAUAAUUAUUACUAAACUACUUAAUAAGUUCAACUUGUUUUUACCAUUACCAACUCGGUUUAAUAGUUCCUAAAUACAUAAUUUCGUUUGUUAAAUUGGGAAUAUUUAAUUUUCGUCUAUAUAGAAACCAACAAACUCCCAUGAACAAUUGUAACUUUAAUUCCCGAAAUAAUGGCUCAUGCCGAGAAACAAAUAUGAGUUUGAACGUAAUUUUAAAAGUCCCACGAAUCUUGCAACGUUUUUAUGUCUUCGUCGCUUUAUGCUAAAUUACUUCAGCAACGAGUUGAUUAGUUUUCCUAAUUCUGAUCAGAGUGAGUAUAUUCAGGAAGCAAAAGUAUAAUUAACCUUGUUCGCAUCCACCUUGUUCUUUCCACGCUCUCCUUGUUUUCUCUUAUGAAUGCUUUUGGACUGGGUAAGCAAAAGCAAAUGAAUGUAAUUAUUUGUACAGUAUUAUUUAAAAACAGGAACAAAUCAAGUCUAGUUUUUAUUAUAUAAAAAUCGGUGCAUUCUUACAAUUUAAAUCGUAUACGAAAGCAAAAAAAACCCACUACAUUUUUCGUAAAUGAUGAAACUCAAUCUCUAAUAUUGAAAUAAAUUUAUCCACUAGAGAUUAUAGUCUAGACCACACCAAUAUACCGUCAUGUAUUGUUGGUCGAAUGAUAAGAUAGUAAAGCGAGUACCUAAAUUCUUCCGCAACAUCUUCGUCGAUACCCAUAUACACUGCACAUAUGUUAUAUAUAUAGUGAACAACUAUAAACUAUAUAUAUAAUAUAAUAUGCAUACUAGUUAAGUCAUAUUUGUACAAGAUAGAUUGAAAUUAAUUCACAUAUGAGGGCUGACUAAAUAUGUAUUGAUUGACAUUCCUACACGAAAUAUAUAUAGCUUAUCUAAUCCAUCUAAUUACGAAGAAGAUUAUUUUAUGUAGAUAUAUGAUUUUACCAUUUGAUCAAAACAAAAACAAAAAAAAGAUAUGAUUUUUACCAAACCCCAGAGACGACAAUGAAUUACCACAAGGUAGACACUUCACGGAUAUUCUGCCCCAUAUCACCACACAUAAAUCUCGGUAAGGUUUUGGAAUGUCGUUUUUGGAAUGAACGAUUUGGAAUGUUUAUAUAAUACAUUUAUUUUGAAAAACUAGUGAAGCUAUUUUAUUCUUCUACUAUUCUGAUGAGUAAUGAUUUGAUUAUAUGCCUGUUAUCAACAAAUUUCCCAUAGAUAUAAUCCACAACAUUUUUCUUUUCUUCAGAAUGCAUGAAACUACAUCAGUUCAUAGUGUACGUAUUGACUUCGUCUCUACUAGGAGUAGAAUUUUCCGCAUUAUAAAGAAACAGCGACUUAGAUUUUGUCUGAGAAAAUGGUUAAUAUAAAUACCAAAAAAAAAACAUUUGUCAAACAAAAAUACAUUAAAGAAAAUCAAGUGUUAUGGACGAAGAAAUAAUAUAUUUAAAUUUAUCAUCAAUCUUCCACGAAAUUGUAUAUAAAUACCAAGUCCUAACCUCAGGCUUGGUAGUCGUGCAAGAGAGAUAAGACAAUAUAAUCAGAGAGACACGAUGGGGAGAUCGCCUUGUUGCGAUGAGAAUGGUCUAAAGAAAGGGCCAUGGACUCCUGAAGAAGAUCAAAAGCUUAUUGAUUACAUUCAUAAACAUGGCCAUGGAAGCUGGAGAGCCCUUCCAAAGCUCGCAGAUUUAAACCGAUGUGGAAAGAGUUGUAGACUAAGGUGGACAAAUUACUUGAGACCUGAUAUCAAAAGAGGAAAGUUUUCCGCAGAAGAAGAGCAAACAAUCCUCCAUCUCCAUUCUAUUCUCGGGAAUAAAUGGUCUGCUAUUGCAACACAUUUGCAAGGACGUACUGAUAAUGAGAUCAAGAACUUUUGGAACACACAUCUAAAGAAGAAACUGAUCCAAAUGGGCAUCGAUCCUGUGACCCAUCAACCAAGAACCGACCUUUUCGCAAGCUUACCUCAGCUCAUAGCCUUAGCAAACCUAAAAGACCUCAUUGAACAAACAUCACAGUUCUCAUCCAUUCAAGCUGAGGCAGCUCAACUAGCCAAGCUACAAUAUCUCAAUGGUAUGCUUAAUUCUUCGGCUUCAUUAUCCAACAACAACAACAAUAGCCCCAGUAGUAUUCUCGAUAUCGAUCAAAACCAUGCCAUGAAUCUCUUAAACUCUAUGGUCUCAUGGAAUAAAGAACACAACUCGAAAUUCAAUCCCGCUCUUGAACUUGAGGCUGAAGAUCAAAAUCAAGGUUUAUUUCCAAUCGGGUCCAUCAUUGAUUCAACCACCCAACUACUCCAACAACAACAAUAUCAUUUAAACAAUAGUCCUAUUGAACAACCAUCCCAAGGUGACCCACUUCUUGAUCAUGUCCCUUUCAAUCUACAAACAUCUUUGAAUAGUGAAGAUCACUUUAUAGACACUUUAGUCAAACAUCCAAUAGAUCAAGAUCAAGAUCAAGAUCAUGAUGAUCCAUCUUCAUGGAUUCUGCCUUCUCUUAUAGACAACAGCCCUAAAAAUGCUAUGUCUUCUCUUCCUUACAACAAUCCAACGGAUGCGAGCAGCAGCUCAAGCUAUGGCGCUGGGGAAGGUGCGUCACUUUAUUGGCCUGACUUUUGCUUCGACGAAAGCCUUAUCAACGAUAUUUCUUAAUUAGUUUUGGCAUAUUGUUCUUAUAAAUUCUGUUAUUAUAUACGCACGUCUAGUUGGAUUACGUUUGAUCAAGCUGAGUUUCUUCUUAGAAAAAUAUAUUCGUUUGUUGUGUUCGUCGUUUUAGUCUUGUAAGGUGUCGUUCGAUUAUACAUUCCUUUCUGUUUUAAUUUUUAUGUAAUUAGACUUGACAUUUGUGUUUUUUUUGUGCGUUUAUACACGACAUGAAAUAUAUGUUAGAUAGAAUGUUUGUACACAGUUUUCAAUGUGUUAUAGUUUUUCUACAUAUACAUUAUUUGAUGCUAAAAAGCAUUUUUACUUUUUAUAACCGAUUUGUCAUAUAUACAUCAUGCGAGUGAAACAUUUUACUUUCAUUUGGUAUCUCUCAAAAUCGAGGAAUAAUAAGCUAGGAAUCGAUAGAGAUCCACUAAAAUUGAUAAGAUAUACUGAAGGAGAAUGUCAACCAUGGUUCUUGACUAAUGCUUUAACAACAGAUGUGAUACCGCCUCAAGUCUUACGGUUGUAGAGUCUUUGCUUGGUAGAUGGUUCUGGGACUUGUACAUCUUUGUACAAUGGAUGUUGAUGAACAUGGAUUGAUGGUGAUGGACGGACACAGCUCUUGGGUACAAAAAAUAUAAGACAAAGAAAAUCUUCAUUUCAUACAAAAUUAGAAGCAAUUUGAUGGACUAUGGAGAGCAUGUUGCAUCAUUCAACGUGUCAACGCUUUGGUACGGAUUGCAAAGAGGUAAUAGCAAUCCCUGACUCAUGGCCAAGCUUUUCAACGGAGAUGAAAGAUAUUAAAGAUCUCAAGAACAUGCUCAAAGAUUUCAAGAUCACAUAUAAUCCCUAGGGGACAUAAUGGUACUGCAGAUCAUUUAGUUAAGACAACAAGAUCAUUUUACAGGAAUAUUUGUUUUGUUGGUAUUCUAUUUUGGUAUGCUUAUUUAGAACAUCUCAAGUAUGAGUAAUAUAAUGCUUUUUUGUCGUAAAACAAUACUAUCUUAUCUAUUACUAGUCAAAUCAAUAUAUAUCUAGCUAUCUAUAAUAAUAAAUGAAGUUUCUCUCCCUCCGUAUGUAGCCACAUCAUCAAUUGCAUAGGGAUUUUUUGUGACACCUUGCACAUCUUCCACUUUUUUUUUAUCGUUAGAAAAAGUUCUGCAGACCCAAUUUUUUGUUCAAUUUAUAACAAAAAUGUCUUCUCUUUGAGCUUUUUGCAGUCGUUUUAUUCAGAGCCCCAGUUGUUGGGGUCAAAAUUGGUCACGGAGAAAUCAACGCCGAAAAGUUUCUGAGAAAUAUUUCCUCUAAAAAGAGAAAUCAAAAAACCAUGUUUAGAGCUUUGUAUAAAUCUGAAAAGGUGUUAUCGAAGGACGACUUCCGGGAAAAAAUAAUGAAAUGGAAAGAAGGCCAACUAUAAUUCUCCCAACCAUACAAAUCACCCGAAGAUAGCCAAAACUCGAUCUUGACGUGUCCGUCCAGCUCGCCAUAUGGCGAGUCGGACCGUCCAGUCGCACCUAGCAAACAUCUCACACUCUCGUCUCGUCUUCGAGCUUCGGUCACACUGUCUCUCGUUUCAUCGCGAUUGGAGUUACCGUUGUCUGACUACAAGAUUAAUUCGAGCUAUUCAAAAAAGUGACGUCAUACCAAAGGUGAUUUCUCGACGAAAUCAUAAAAACGCUUAAGUCGUAAAACGGUCCGAAAAGGCCUAAAACAUGGCCAGAAGCCCACUUACGAAUUCAAUGAGCGUAAGCCCAAGGAUAUUAUGAUGGUCAAUUUUAGUUUGCAGGAAAUGAUAAAUGUUAAGUUUGAUUUAUCGAGUUUCGAGAAAAAUGUCAAAGUUUCGAAGGAUAAUGAUGAAGAUCGAGAAAAAAUAAUAUUUUCGCGAAGGGAUAAACUUGACCUUGGGGAAAAAAGGAUAAGCAUAAACCAACCCAAGAGGAGUAUAUAAAGGAUUCUAAGGCGAGAUGCGCAAGGGAGAGAACUUUUUACAUCCAGAGCAAACUUAGAGCAAUAGGAAAUUUUCCAUUUUUGUUAUCAAACUGCAACUCAACUAGGUUUUCAAGUCUUAGGUGGUUAGAACUAGGAACUCGCCGACAGCUCUUACGGCCGAGGCUUACCUGUCAUAAUACUUAUACGCAAAUUCGGAAUAAGACAUUUCUUUGCUCUUUUUCGAUUUAUUCAAGUUAUUAUGUUUGUAUGUUUGCUUGGUCUGAUUACUUGACAUUUGGCUUAGCAGAAAUUCAGGACUUCUGGGAAAGUUAGGUUUGCUUGACUUUCCUAAUUUAACAGAAAUCGACGGUGUGAAUUUUGGUUCCCGCACCAGUGUCUAUAGAGCUUCAUCAUUUUUAAGAAUAUGAAAAAUAGAGCUCAGCCGUGGCUUCCCAUCUCUUCAGGUGAUUCCUCUGCUGAAGAACUAUCUACAAGGCUUUGGUUUUCAUUUAUAUACUCCUUAAAUUUGUGCAUUUACAUGAUUUAUCCCACUUGUCCACUCUGUAGCAUUGAAUCGAGCUCUUCAUCUUACAAGAUAACCAGCGGAAGCUCUCGUAUAAAUCUAUUCGUCUCUCCAUGCAUUCUAUAAAUCAAUCAAUUCUUUGUUCUUUGUUUCCCAGCAAUCAGUGGACGAUAGAUGUUGAUGCGCCUCAUUCCAUGGAUCAGUACAUGGAACCAGACCAGACUGAUGGUCAGACCGUUCAGAACGACUCAUCCGAGGUUAGUCUAUCCGACCGUUCCGAUCAGGACGUCCGAGCCGUGUACCGUCUCGACCUGCUUACAUCCGGAAUGGAGCUUCGGCUAGAUCCACGACCAGAUGUCCGACCUAACCGUACCAGAGCUCGUCCUUCCCAACCAUCUCGACAAGUUAAAGCCAACAGCCGAGCCAGACUUGACUUGGGUCGUGAGGUUUCCCAAAACGGUCACGACUUCUCUCUCUUGGGCCGUUUGGUGCGUACCAAGUGUCUUGAAGACCGAACCGACAGAAUGUCUCUCAUGUCCGAUGCACUGAUGGAUUUCUAUCACUCAAAUUUCUCUAAGGCACGAAUCAUAAAGCUAUCUGAAGACUUAGGCCGCAUCAGUGCACUACUCGAUCACCCGGCGGACUGUCCAGACCAUCCCGCGUUCGUCCAGCUCCUUACAGCGACAGAACCAACUUAGCCGGAUGAAUCUAGACAUCAGCCGAAGGGUCACCUUGACCAGAUCUUAUCUGAAGAGUUUAUUUGACUUUCAACAUUCUCAGCAGUCAACAUUAUUAUUUCCUAAGUGUUUUUAUUUAUGUCUUGCCUUGACCACAAGUAGUAUAAAUAUGUAAACUUUUUCUCAUAAUCGAUCAAUCGAUUUUCUUUCAAAGUUUAUGAGUUUAUUUCUUUGUUCUUCGCUUAGAACAGUCUUGUUUCUUAUCGAGUGAUUCUACAAGUAAACAAAUCUUCCCUUGUUGGUCUUGACGUAACAUUCCAAACCACAACCGAAGCAGGUAGUAUCAGAAGGUCUUUCCGCAACCUUUUGUGUCGCCUUUCAAACCACCCAGUUCUCUCAUCUUUGGCGAGUUCAUAUCCAAAGUUCCGUUGAGUGAUCAUGUCCGAAUCUAGGACAUAUCAGAUGUCACUUCAUCCGACAAUGAUGACGAUGGAUCGUAUCUUUGAUGAUCAGGUUGCCCAGUUCAUUCGUAACCUCCACACACAAAGAUUUGUUUCCCUCUCGUCCGCUUUCAAAGUAGAGUAUUUGGAGAUGGACACAUGAUUUAAAAUCAUAAACACAAGAUAGUCACCAGCCGCCUCACAAGCCGAUCGCAUAUUUACGUGUUUCUAAUUUCGUAAGCUUUGAUGAGAUUCAGUAUAAGUUUCCUCUUAUGUGUAUAUGUUUUUUCUGCUGCUGCACCAAUGUCUUCCCCAUCUGCUGCACUGAGUAUUUUUUUAUGGAACAGUUAGAAAACAGUGACACAUUUAAUAAACAUUGCAAGACAUUUUAAUGGAGUUUUUACGGAUAAGUUUUAUGUGUCUGGAUUUUGAGAGAGAACCACCACAUCUUUUACUCUUAGUUUAGAGAAGUAUAAGUCUCUCUCUUUUUCCAAACUGUCUAUGUAUAAUUAUGUGAUCUGUGUCAAAGAAAUUGAGUGAGUCAGCUUUUUUUGUAUGAUUUCGACUAAUUUCAGAAACUGAUGUGAUCAAAGAGAGACGCAUUAUUUUUCAUCAUAAACAGCAGGCACAAGUUUAGAUUAUUUAGACGAAGGGGCUUUUGAAGAGUGGGGAUUCACAGUUUUGGAUGAUGGUGGUUUGUGUUUACAGGUUCCAUGUAGAUGAAGCUCUAAAUAGAGCUGAAGAAGAAAAAGAAGAAUAUUGUAGCCUAGCUGUAAUUCACGUGUGUUAGUUACUAAUCUAAACAGAAACGGAAGAAGAUAUAUUCCAUGAGUUUAGAAUUAGCUUUGAUUUGUCAUCAUAUCUUUGCCACGAAGAUCAAAAAUGGUAAAAGAAAAAAUGCUCGAAAGAAACCCAAACAAAGACUAAGUGCUCAACAAGUCUUGCAUAAGCCAUAAAAACCAUGAAAUUCAUAGUUUACUAAGAUUAUGGAACUUAAUCAUGGUUUUUUCAGGCUAUCCAUGGAUAAAGAGAUAGCUUUACAAUCUUUUGAUUUUUAGAUGGUUUUCAUGAGAAAAUCGAUGAUAUGUGUUUCACUUGAAGAUGAAUGCGAAAAAGAUUUCAGGAGAAGAGAUUUAGUCUUAGAGAAACAUGGGCUGGAGUGUAACUUAUAAAAAGCUCAAAAAAGCAUUCUUCCAAGAAGACACCAAUCUUGACAACUCCGACAUCAGUGGCCUACCACAAAGCUUGGAUCCCUCGCUAUUGCAGGUCUGAAUCUUAAAACUUAUCCCAUCGGAAGUUCUGAUUUGGUUUCUUACCCUCUGUUUAAUGAUCAAAUUUUUUUAAAUACAAUCUGAUUUGGUAAAUGGAUUAAACUUGCAACAUCUUUCUCAUAGGUGUUUUGAUGGUUUUAGCAUUUUAGUUAUUUAGUUUUUUUGUUUAAAAUUGGUCAAUAUUUGAUAAGAUAUAGAAAUACAUUCCUGUAAUUAUGCUCUCAUAACUUUUGUAUAUUGUCUUACCAUCUCUGUACAUCCCUUACUCUGUAUAUACUCUGAGCGUAUGAGUAAUACAAAUGAUUUAAUUCCACAUAUUCAAUAUGGUAUCAAGAGCCUCUUUAGGUUAACACCAUUUUUUUUAACGCCGCCUCUUCUUUCUUUGUAUUCAUCCUCUCUCAAACUCUGUUUUUCUUUUUUUUUUCAUCUCAAUGGAAUUCGAAUCCACAGCUGAAAGAACCUUUGUGUUCAAUGCUCAGAACCCACAGAGUACUUUACUUUCUGUGAACAUGUCAAUCAUUACUAUGCUCACAAACGAGAACUACCUAAUGUGGGGGCGACAAGUUCGGGCUCUGCUUGAAGGGCAUGAACUCCACCAGUUCAUCGACUCCACUGAUAACAUUCCACCAUUAACGAUCAUGAAUGAUGGUGUCUCUGUUCCUAAUCCUGCAUAUGCACCUUGGCGACGUCAGGAUCGUCUUCUGUACUCAGCCCUCAUUGGCGCAAUCUCUCUCAAUGUUCAAUCUGUAGUCUCGAGUGCAACCACGUCCAAAGAAGUUUGGGAUCUCCUAGCAACAACAUUCGGCAACCCUACAAGAAGACAUCUCCGACAACUAAGGAUCCAAAUCUGCACAUGCUCCAAAAGCACAAAAUCCAUCAGUGAGUAUCUCCGCAUCAUCAAAGCCAAAUCUGAUGAACUAGCGUCACUUGGUGCACCAAUGGAUCAGGAGGAUCUCACUGAACAAAAUCCUUGCUGGACUGGGUGAAGAUUUCAAACCAGAGAUUUCAAACUGGAGGAGUACCUUGCUUUGAACUGGUCAAUCAAAUCCAGUGUUGGGUUGAGCAAAAUAUGGGUUGAAUUAUACCCGCUAGAUAUGGAGUAAGCACCUACAAUAUUUAGAUUUUAGUAACAUGUUGUGCAAUUAAACAUUUUACAAAGUAAGUACUUUUAUAUACCUUUCCACUCUUUAACAGACCAUAACCUGAUAACACAAAUAAUCAUUGUGGACAUGUUACUCAUACUGUAAUCAUAUACUUGUUUAGCAUAACGACCCCACAGAGUACACAUCAUCUUCACAUUACUGUAAAAUAUAAACUUAAGUGAGAAAACAGAAUAUAGAUGUUUAGCUAGCAAAUAAAAGAAAAAGAUAAAGAAAUUAAGCUUACUUCUGGUCACGUAACUCAAUCAAGAGCCUCAUGUUAUCUUUUCCUUUUAUCAUUCUGUUUUCAAGAGACUCAAAGUUAACUAUUUGGCCAAUAACAUCUACAUAACCAAAAAAAAUAAUCAUACACAAAUAUAAGAAAACCGAAGGAAUAUUAAACUUAAAAUCAUUUUUGACUCACCAACCAAACAGCUGUUAUCAAGCUUUCCACCAAGAAUAUCAUUGUAAUCCGCCAAAUACUUCUCGGGAACUUCACUUGGAAAAUCAUCAGCUUUUCCAACAAAAGUUGUCUGAAAAAAGCCAAUUUUGUACGGAUGUGUGGUUGUCCGAUAAUCACCAAAAGCAUCGUACACUUUGAAUAAAUGGACGACCACCGCAUCACCCUCAGUUAGCCUGUCUUCAUACUUCUUGAUGAGCUGUUCACCAACUGAAGCAUGAAUUCUUGUCACCUGAUUGAACAUAUAAAAGUUAUAUGAGUUAGACAACUAAAUGAUAAGAGUGACGUGAUAACAGAAUAAGGAAGUAGAAAUAUGAAUUAAUUGUAAAUUUGAGUACAUUGUAAAGUAAAAAUAAAAUAAGAGACAAUUCUGAGUUGCAAAAAAUUUAGUAACUAUAUUACUUACUUCUAUAUCAACGAAAACCAUUUCGAUGGUGUUUCCGGAUUCUUUGUUAUAAUUUCUCCACAAGCGAAGAAUCCUAACUUCAAUACGACAUGUAUCUCUACGCGGUUUUAAUUCUCUAACAUAAGAAACUCUGCUUUUGGGGGCUAGAACCAUUGCCAUUGUAUUAUUAAAAACAUUGAGUAAGAGAAAUACGUUUGUAUUGACAUCUCUUAAAGGUAUCCUUUAUAUAUACUCUACCUUCCUUUUUUGUGUUAUUAGGGGGAUAUUUUUUUAAUAAUAAAUGACGUUUAUGAAAUAUUUUACAUAAUAAAUAAUGAAACAGUUUAAAGAAAGAUAUUAAAGUUAUAUAUUGUCAAAAAAUGACUUGCAAUAAUUAUGAAAUCAACUUGCACAAGUAAUUCAUAUUCAGAAUAAGGUAAGUUAUUAAAAACGAAUUAACAAAUUUGCAUUUAAACAAUGUAAUAAAUAUGAUAUCAAGUUGCGACAUUAAAUUGUGAUUCAAAAUAAACUUGCGCAAGUAAUCCUAAAUUAGGUAAGUUGAACAAAUUAGGAACAUUAAGGUAAUUUACAUUUAAACUAUCAUUGAUUAAUUAAUAAACUUGUGCAAGUAAUCCUAAAUUAGGUAAGAUGAGCAACUUGCGCAAGUAAUAUAGGCCCGCACCUUCAAAAAAAUUUAGGCCUCUACCUAAAUUUGUUUGUCUAAUUUAGGCCCGUACCUACAUUAAGGUAAAUCUAGGACCGUUUAUAUUUUUUCAAGUAAUAUAGGCCCAUACCUAAGUCGUAGUCAUGUCCGCGAAUUAACUAAUGAUCCCAACAAAGUGAUCCACUAAAAUCAGCAGAACAGAAAUCAACUUCUACUAAAGUUUAGUUCCCAGGUUUGAGCUCAUGGCUUUGCCAUUUAUAGAAGGUAAAUAAACUAUAAAUAGCAAUCCAGGAAGAAAGAAAGAGGAGGAAGUACCUCCAAGUUUCUCAUCUGUUUCAUGAGUGUUGUUGUUCUGUGUCAUCGCUGGGCUUGGACAAAAGAAGAUAAAGCUUGGCAUAGAUGGGAGUGUUGUCAUCCGAAGCAUCGCCCUCAGUUAGCCUGUCUUCAUACUUCUUGAUGUUUUCCGCAGGUAAGAAAAAGGAGAAUUAUGAUCUACAAUCGUUAUCAAUCGAUUCCUCUAACUGCCCCAUGCUUAAGCUAUAGUCUUGCUCCCUAUUAACUUUGACUCUGUGGAGAAAGAACAUCCACCACUCUCCAACCCUUCACAUCCAACCCCAUCUUGAUCAUAUUGUCCUUGUCCUGGCUCAGAUAACUGCUCCAUCUAAGAGUGAGCUGCAAGACAAAUCAUCAUUUUAAAAUAAAGAACUUUCAAACCAAGCCUUUUAUAAUGGAUUUCAAAGACGUACCUAAAACACCAUCAGCCGUUAGCAUCUGGGAAGGAUCAACACAAAGCAUCCUACGGAUCAAAUCGUGUGAUUGAGAAGCAUCCCAAGGAUCAACCACGGCUCAGCAGAAAACCUCAAAUCUGUGGCCCUGACAGCAUCAAAAAUCUUUGACUUAGUCUUUAACCAAAAUGGAGGCACUCCACUGAGAAGAAUGUACAAAAAAUAUAUUAUCAAAAAAUAUGUAUAUACAAAGCCACUGUUGGAUUAGAAGCAGCAAUGACGCUAAGCAACCGAGCAGAGAUUCAUAUCUACACUCCCGAGUGGUGAAAUGAAAUAAGUCAUAUAAACGGAAAUGAGUUAAAACGAAAUUGAUUAUAAUCCCCCAAAUUCAAUUAAACCCAAAAACCCUAAUCCCCAAAUCCAAUUAAACGAUCUGAGAUCAAAACCGUGCAAUCGCACAAACAUACCCCUAUUAAACGAUCACGGUUCGACUUCCACGCGGAUUACGUGAACUCCAGCGAAUUUUUGUCUACCUCCAAAUCGUCAUAGCAAAUCAAAACAGCGCGAGUGUCUACAGAAGGGCGAGGGAGGGACGUGGCGUUGAGGCAGCUCGAUGAUUGCUGAAUCAGAGAUAUCGAAGAUGUACGAAGCGAGUUUGUUCUUGCAAAUCUUCGGCGGCUUUAGGUGUCGCAGAAAAAAUAGAUCGAAGCAAGAGAAAAUCGUGUGAUAAGAAAUCUCCGGCGGCUAAAACAAAAAGUUCGCUGAUGUUAAAAAAAAACUAAAAACAAUCGACCAAUGAAAUUAAAAGGAUUUCCUUGAGAGUGUUUGUAUGAUUGCCACAUCAUGAGAAGUCACAAGUGACUUCUCUUUUAAUAUAGGGGAUGUAUUUAUUAUUUAUAAUUUUAUAAUAUGUACAAAUAGAAAAUAAAUAAUAGUGUACAUUGAUAAGAUUUGUUUUUUGAAUGUUUACUCCGCGUAAAGCAUGGAUUUUAACCUAGUAACUAGAUUUUGACCCACGCUUGAAAAGCGCGGAUUUGUUUUUGAAAUUAAAUAAUUUCUUUUAAUUAAAUUUCUAUAUAAGUUUGUGUAUAGGUUUGGGCAGAUUUAUCCGAAAUCGCAACAUGGAUCAUAAGAAAAAAAGAAAAGUAAAAUAAAACUGAAUAUUAUAAAUAACUAAGUAGAUCAUAUAUAUAUCCAAGACCGAAAUUUUAACACCGAACUGAGAAUCAAAUGGGUACCUGAAUUUAAAAAUUAUCCAAAUUAUUAGAUAUUUUAAUUUGUACAUCCUUUUAAACCUCAAAUUAUCAUAUAAAAAUUAUAAAAUGAGUUAAAUCUAUUGUUUAC